AUGGACGAUAGCCCGAAAACUCCUAAUCAAAAGCGUUACCCAGCGGUCGGACGUCUUUGUCGACGAAAUAUCAUAACACAACCCAGCACGCCGAGGAGGUACCUUAACCACGUUAGACGCAAACGCAUCAAUUUUGAUAUAACCGAAAAUGAUCCUGUCGUCUCAUACGAAGAAGAUGCUAAGAACUUCGCCGAGAUACAAAGCGUAACUAAAUUUCCAAAUAACAUAAAGCAUAAAAAAGUGCACAGGAAUCCAGAGGGUAAUUUGAAAAUGAGACAAUAUUUUUUNGCAAAGAAUUAUCCACUAAUUAACAACAUGAAGAAGCAGAUGGUCUCAAAUAGUCAAUCAUUCAAUAAAAAAAUAUACCUUCGUACCUGUCGUUUCCGACUGCUGAAUAAGUCCCGUUCAUCUCCACUUAAUGGGAGCUCUAUAUAUAGCACGUCUGCAGGUAAAAUAUCUCCCAGAUUGAGGACCAAGAAUAUUCUCAAAUUAGCCACCAAAAGUCUCCUUCCUAUAGACGUGAAAGAUAUAACCAAUGGGGAAUCAUCUAAGCUGAAACUGUCCACCAAGGAUACUUGGUCCAUUAAUAUGGAAAUUAUACCCACUCCACCUUCACCAAAGCCAGAUAUCAAAAAUGAUAGGGUUAACAGCCUUAGGACUACAGUUCAUUCACAUGAACCGCAGCAUUCUGACUGGAUUACUAAUAUAAUUGCAAAACAUGCUGAGGAGAUCACCAAGCGGAAGAAGGAAAUCGAGCUGUGGGAAAGCAGAUUAGAUGAGAUCCAGAGAAUCAAAAGUGAGUGCAGAGCCAAGCUGCUGGAGACGCAGGUGCAGAAAUGUCGUCAUAUUAAAGAGAUCUUGCUGUUCGUGGAGGAGCCGACAAAGAAGCUGCCGCAGCUGACAGAGGAGCAGGAGGCAAAGGUCAGCGCUGCUUUUAGUCGAAACAAUAACAUGGACGCAGUGCUUGCGAGCAAGUUUACCCUCAACAUAACACGUGGUGACAUGAUGACGCUGAGAGGAAGGAAUUGGCUAAACGACGAAGUGAUCAACUUCUACAUGAACCUCAUCAUCCAACGGGGCAAAAAUGCCAAGUUUCCCAGCGUGUUCGUAUUCAACACGUUCUUCUACCCGAAGCUUCUUAAAGACGGAUACUCCUCCGUUCGCCGCUGGACGCGGAAUGUCGACGUCUUCUCGCACGACCUGAUUUGCGUUCCCAUCCACAUGAGAAUGCACUGGUGCAUGGCCGUCAUCGAUUUCCGAUCAAACUUUAUCGGCUAUUAUGACAGCAUGGGUAAAGCCAACCACGAAUGCAUGGAUGCUUUGAUUAGGUAUCUGCAGGAGGAGCAUCUCGAUAAGAAGAAGUGCGAGUUCGACGCAUCCGACUGGAAGUUGAGAUGCGUACAAGACAUUCCGCAGCAGAUGAACGGUAGUGAUUCCGGCAUGUUCUCCUGCACUUACGCCGAGUUUCUAAGCCGCAACGCACAGUUCACAGUCAGCCAAGAAGACAUGCAGUAUCUGCGGAGGAAAAUGGUCGUGGAGAUCAUGGAGGGGAAGCUAUUGAUCAAUUAA